AUGUUGUCGAUAUUUUGUGGGAUAGGCGAAGGAUCGUCUGGAUACACCUGUGUGUUUAUAUCUGUUUGUGUGAAUUUUAUUUGCAAGUAUUCGUGUCUACAUUGUCCGUCACAUGAAUCAGCUUGUGCAUAAACGUUGUUACUCUUGUUUGACAUGACUUUAGAAGAUCCCUUUUACGUCGUCAAAGAUGAGGUGUUCAAAGCAUUGAACAAGACCCGUGGACUAUACCUCAGGUGGCAAGAAAUCUCCAAGGCACCUUCCGUACCCAACAGUCCUGAGGUGGAAUGGACUUCGACGGAGCUCAGGAAUGCACUCCGUAGCAUCGAAUGGGACUUAGAAGAUUUGGAAGAUACUAUUAGUAUCGUAGAAAAGAAUUCGUCAAAGUUUAAAAUUGACAACAAAGAAAUAUCCGAACGACGAAGUUUUAUAGAAGCUACGAAACAAGAAGUUAAGGUGAUGAAGAGCAAAAUGAGCCUCAACAGGAAUCGGGACAAAGACAGCACGGCUCGCGAGCCGUUGCUGGGCGAGGAGAGCCCGAUACACAUGAACAAUGUUUGGACGGCCACGCCGAAGUACUCCAAGUAUUCGAAACUCGCCAACCAGACGGACAGCCCCGACAGGUUCGACUACGACAGCGACAUCAUGUCGAUGCAAGAUAAGAUGCUCUCCAUCCAGAAUGACCAGCUGCAAGUCAUCAGCCACUCGGUCGGCUCCUUGAAAACCGUUUCCAAGCAGAUUGGGAUUGAACUCGACGAACAGGCUGUGAUGUUAGAUGACCUAAAUACGGAACUCGAAAAUGCCGAUUCGAAACUAGACUCCACGUUAAAGAAAGUGGCUAAGGUGCUUCAUAUGAAUAAUGAUCGACGCCAGUGGCUGGCAAUAGGAAUCCUGGUAGGCCUUCUAAUGAUAAUAUUAAUACUAUUUGUUAUAAUUUGAAUUGGUCCCCGAGUUGUUUUGUUUGUGUAAAUGUUAAAUAAAUCAUGUUCAUAGUUCUAAUAAGUGAUAUUUAUAUUCUUGUAUGAUAACUUCAUAGGUACCUACUUUACAAUCUAUUCUGUCAUUAAUGUAGAUACU